AUGCAAGCUUCGACGUCAGCUCAGCGCAAACCUUCUAGGCAGUCGCAACGGCCAUCAUCAGCCCGCUCAGCGCAUUCAAGUAAAAUAGGCCAUAACACGACGCGUCAAGGCCGGUCCGAAGGCCAACGAGAUGGCACUCCAGAAUACUCGGAGCGCCGUGCUUCGUUGAAUGCGUCGGCGCACUCAGCUCCAUCGAAAUGGUGGCAUAUCCACUUAUUCCGCGGGAUGGUCAAUGACAUUAAGCGCAGAGCACCUUACUACUGGAGCGACUGGACCGACGCUUGGGAUUACCGUGUUGUGCCUGCGACGGUUUAUAUGUAUUUUGCAAAUAUCUUGCCCGCUCUGGCCUUCUCGUUAGAUAUGUUUGAGAAAACAGAUCAUACAUAUGGCGUCAAUGAAGUUCUACUUGCGUCUGUUCUUGGGGCCGUGGUGUUUUCGUUCUUUUCAGCUCAGCCAUUGGUCAUUGUCGGUGUUACCGGUCCUAUCACUGUGUUCAACUACACUGUUUUCGAUAUUAUCGCCCCCCGAGGGACGCCGUUUCUUGCUUUCAUGUGUUGGAUUGGAAUUUGGUCUUUGGUCAUGCAUUGGAUCCUGGCCAUCACUAACUCCUGCAACGCUUUGACAUAUGUCACUCGUUUCUCGUGUGAUAUCUUCGGGUUCUAUGUUGCUUGCAUCUAUCUCCAGAAGGGCAUCCAAGUCCUCACUAGGCAAUGGGGCUCCGUGGGAGAAACCUCUGCUUACUUGAGUAUCAUGGUGGCGCUACUUGUUUUGAUGUGUGCGUGGAUCUGCGGAGAAUUGGGCAAUAGCAAUCUCUUCAAGCGUUGGAUUCGGAAAUUCCUCGAGGACUAUGGCACGCCUUUGACCAUUAUUUUCUUUACCGGAUUCGUCCAUAUCGGCCAUAUGAGGGAUGUUGAUGUGGCUACGCUGCCGACAAGCAAGGCUUUCUUCCCUACGCCAGACCGGUCUUGGUUGGUCCGCUUCUGGGAUAUUGACGUUGGAGAUGUCUUCCUGGCCAUCCCAUUCGCUGUCCUUCUCACGAUUCUCUUUUACUUUGAUCACAACGUGUCAUCACUCAUUGCCCAGGGAACAGAAUUUCCCCUUCGGAAGCCAGCUGGCUUCCACUGGGACCUUUGGCUCCUCGGCCUCACGACCUUUGUAGCUGGUAUUCUGGGCAUACCAUUCCCCAACGGUCUGAUCCCCCAGGCCCCCUUCCACACCGCCGCUCUCUGUGUCACUCGUCAAGUCGCGGAUGAGGACGACACAAACAAGGGCAAAGCCAUCCGGGUAACCGACCACGUCGUAGAGCAGCGAGUCAGCAACCUCGCACAGGGCUUGUUAACCUUGGGAACGAUGACCGGGCCCCUACUCAUCGUGCUCCAUCUCAUUCCACAGGGUGUCAUGGCCGGUCUCUUCUUCGUCAUGGGUGUCCAGGCCUUACAGGGCAAUGGGAUCACACAGAAACUGAUCUUCCUCGCCCAAGACAAGGGCUUCACCCCCGCAUCCAACCCUCUCAAGAGACUCGAGCGCCGUGCUGCCAUCUGGGUCUUUGUCCUUCUUGAAUUAGUUGGCUUUGGCGCCACUUUCGCCAUCACUCAAACCAUCGCUGCCAUCGGGUUCCCGGUUAUCAUUCUCUUUCUGAUCCCCGUUCGCUCGUUCCUGCUGCCGAAGUGGUUCACCCGUGAGGAACUUGCUGCACUUGAUGGGCCUACUGCUAGUCCGCUCACCAUGGAGAGUGUCGGUGGCACUCAUGGAUUGGAGGAGUACAAUGAAGUUAUGGCUAGAGGGGCUCAGGAUGAGUCUUUGAGUGGAAAUGACGGGGUAAUGAGGAAUCGAACAUCGACGUCCCCGGAAUCGGCGGUCGAAGAUGAUCUGGAGCGGGGUGAAGCGUAUGAACUUCCGUCUCGGGUCUCGCACAGAAGGAGCACAGUUAGCGGGAUGGAAUAG